UACCAUGGGCUUUCCCAUGCAUAUACCAAUCUCUACAGGAGGUUAAUCCUAUUUUCUUAAUUAUGAACUUUCAGAUUCCUGAUUUGUAAUUAUCAUACUGUUGUUUCCUGCAAGAAAUCACAGUGGGAGGUUUAUCCAAUUCAGUUGAUUAUGAUUUUCAUUAUCCUAAUAUGUGAAUUAUCAAGUUGCGUUGUUGUUUCCCUGCGCAGCAAUCACUGUAUAUGAAUAUUUCAAUUAUUUGGAACUUCAAUAUUAACAUUCAAAGUUCAAGUUAUGAGGUGUUCUACUAAUCCAAUUUCAUUUUAUAUUAAGUCAAUGGGUUUUAAAAAUGGGACUUUGAAAAUGUGUUCCAUUUGCGAGGUGUUCAACUUACAGAGAUGUUCCACUUAGCAGGUUCUACUGUAUUUAUACCCUAUUUAUCUGGGAUUUAAUAAGAGACCAGCACAAGCUUCCAACAGCUUUGCAGUGGAUGUCACAGAACUGAACCUAGCAGGGAAAUCAUAAAAUGUCUAAAGGCAGAGGACUGAAAGAACUGAUGGCUAAAGGCAAAAGAAUUGCAGCAAAAGGUAUGCAUAAUAAAGGCAUGAGACCAAAAGGAUUAAUCUCUGAAGACAUAAGCAGAAAUGAGAAGGACCUAGAUUGCAGUCAUUAUAGCAUUCAUAGCCGUCCAAAUGAACAUAGUUCCACAGCCAUGAACACUAGAGGAAGAUUUAAUAAAGACAUCAACAGAACAGAAAGAUUUAAUGACAGCAUGGACUGUAAGAGGCUUGGCAACAAAAUUUUGUGUAAUUUUACUGGUGUGACACUCUCCUGGGUUAUUAUUUGUGUUGCGAUACUUGGCAUCAUCGGGAACAUCCUCUCUUUGAUUGUCCUUAUAAGGAAAUAUAAGCGCAGCCCCAAAGUGUUGCUAUUGACAACACUGGCAAUGACUGAUCUUUGCUUUCUUUUCUUUACCAUAAUGGAGCAAGCGAUGACACAUAUUGGAUUGGAAGUUUCAAUUCAUUCCGCCUGGAAGUUUUCAUUUGGGAUACUGGCGUCAUACUGCAACAUAAUUACCAUUUGGAUGGUUGUUCUCGUCACUAUCGAUCGCUUCAUCCAUAUAUGUAUGCCAUUCAAGGCAUUGUCAUUAUGCACAAGAAAGUCAACUGUUGGUCAGAUCAUCUCCAUGGUUACAUUCUGCACUGUGUUUGUGACAAUUUUGUUCACUAUCAUGUUAAAAGAUGUUAAUCUUACAGAGCACUGUUGGUUUUUGGGUUUAGAUUUUCACUCACAAUUCAUAGAAAAAACAAGUGCUGUUCCACUUUAUGUUUACCAUGUAUUUGCAUAUGCAAUCCCACCAAUUGCAAUUGCUAUUUUCAAUCUGCUUAUGUUGCAUCAAGUGUGUAAAUGUAAACCUGUGGAGGAAGGUAUGCCGUCGAUUGAUGACAAACAAGUGUCAUAUAUUCUUAUAACCAUCUCAAUCAGUUCCCUUUGCCUCAUUCUACCAAGUGCGAUACUUCAGUUCAUGUUUGAGCGGGAUUUAAAGAAUACAGUUACCAUAUUUCUCGUCAUGAAUUCUUCGAUAAACUUUGUUAUCUACAAUGUUGUUGGGACAAGAUUUCGCAACAAACUAUUAAAACUGUGGUGUGGGAGACAAAACGUGAAUUGA